AUGGCUGUUCAUGUAAAUUUUUCAAAUUUUUUAAAAAGAAUAAUAGAAGAAAAUGAAGAAUUUAUUGAAAAUGAAACAAUAAAGCUUCAAUUAUUUGGAGAUGAAUUAAAUUGCAGCACGUUUAAUGAUGGUUUUUCUGAGUUUCUUCAUGUGGCUGUAAGAGUAAAAAAGUUGUUCAGAGAUAUGUCCAAAUUAUCUUCAAUUUACACAUUGGCAUUGCUUCCAACAUAUGGUAUAAAGAAGUUUGGUGGAAAACCAAUUAAUGGCCGUUAUUAUGAAUUUUUUAAAAAUUUAUUUUCAAGAUUUAAUGAUGAAAAAACAAUAACAAUAAAUAAUAAAAGAAUAACGUUUAAAAUUGUUGAAAUUUUAAGUGACCAUUGUUUUUUGGAUGUUUUUUUCAAUGUUAAUGCAGCAAAUAACGAAUUUGGAUCAAUUCCUUCGUGCCGUAUAUGUACAAUACCUCCAUGUGAAUACAGAAACUUUAAUACUGUACAAAAAAUAGAGGAAAAUGAUGAAGUUUAUGGGAAGAAUGUAACAAGAAAUCCUAUAUUUUCAGAAAUCAAUCCAGAAAUAUAUUCGGAUUAUUUUCAUGAUAUUUGCCAUGGUAUAUUGCCUAUAAAUACAUAUAUUGUGCUACAAAGAUUAUGUAGUUUUAAUAUCCUUGAAAUAACAAUAUUUACGUUAUCAGGAUUGCUUUAUGACUGCCAUAUUAGAAGAGGUGAAAAUAUUGUACAAGAUAUAAGGAAUAUAUUGAAAUCAAAUAUUAUAAGUAGUAAACUAAAUUUAACACCUGAAACUUAUAGAAAAUGUAUAACUUUUUACUCUGGUUAUAGAAAUUUAGAAGUUGGAUAUUGUUUAGUCUUACUUAUCCAAGAUCUUCUACAAAAAUAUCCAAAUAGCUUGAUUAUUUUAUGCAGAAAUUCUAUAAAAUCAUGUCUUGAUUUGUAUGAAUUAUGCUUAAAAAAAGAUAUCUUGUCAGAUAUUGAAAAAAAAAAAGUUAUUGAAAAAAGUAACCAAAUUGUUGAAAGUUCAAUAAAACUUUACAAUAAUCAGUUUGGUUUUAGCAAAAAACUUCAUUAUAUAUUACAUUAUCAUAAGAUUUUGAAUAUAAAUGGAGGAACUUUUUGUGAUUUGGGAACAGAUAGAUUUGAAGCAGCUCAUCAACCAUGCAAAAAAUUCUACCAGUCUUCAAAGAAUCAUAAAGUUCCUGCAAUGACAAUAAUAAGGAAAUAUUUGGUUAAGAAUGAAUUAUUUAAAGCUUUAAAAAAAUAUUUAAUUGAUGUGGCUUAA